CGAUCCCCGAUAUUCCUCGGCCCUCGUCGUCCUCCUGAACGCACGCGACGGAGACGUGUGGCGGGCGGCCGCAGGGCAGCUGAAGAAGAUCGCCGAGGUGUUCAGCAGGUUCAACGUGGGCAUCGUCUCGAUCCACGUCCAGAGCGGCAUCGCCGACAACGAGAAGGGGGACUUCGUGCCGGCCUCCGGCGGCCCGCUCGGCGAGAACCGCGUGCGGAUAGUCUUUGACGAGUCCGCCCUUGACGUGGAGGCGCUCCGCCAGGAGAUCGAGCGCGUCGGCCAGCGCUCGGGCUACGCCCUGACCAGCCUGAUGACGGAGUCCCUGUUCAACCCGCGCGCGUGGCUCCCAGGGUACAUGCUGCGCAGGAAAGCCUUCACCAUCGCGUACCUCAGCAUCAUGGCGGCCGACGGCAACAAGUCCGCGUCGAAGUCGUGGCGGCUCCGCCCCCCGGGCCGCCUGCCGGCCGUGCUGGCCGCGCGCGCGG